AUGACGCGCCAGGCGUCUGAGCCAGAAUUCACGCAUGUCCACUCAGGUCCUCUAGCUGAUGCAGGUUACCAUCUUCUCGAGCCGGCUCUUUCGUAUGGCUCACACAUGGUUUGUACAUCGUCAGAAACGCAUACCAUCAGAUCAGCGCAGCGUACGGUCAAGCCGCCCUUGCACGACCAGUCGGAUCCACCGGAGGUUCCUGUCCACCGUCCUCUAGAUUUGGUGUGCACCGUGAUCCAUCAUGUAGUUGAGCCGUCAUCCCCAUUUGGUCUGUCAGAUUUCUCGGCAAUUCCUGCGACGUAUUCCCUUGAGCAAGUACCUUCACGGGUAUGGACACAGCCAGAGCUCGAGUUGUCGCACACGGAGCCACUACGAGCAUCACUGUCCAUGUCGUGUCUCAAAUCUCUCAAACGGAUAUACACCGUAUCGCUGUGCUUGGAAAUGACAGGCACGAUGCAAGCGCCGCCAUGGCACCAUCCUCGUGAGACGUGGUACCCACCAGAUGUGGUACACCCCACAUUGUGGCAGUCAUCAAGCGUGGUUUUCAUUCAGGUUGUGUGGUCAGCUACACGUCGGACCCGACCAAGAGUGGACCUAGGAAGAGCCCUUAUACCCCGUUGGUGGUCUCAGGUCAUACCAAGCCUGGCAAAUUACAUGCCACGCGGUGUUGUGCGAAUUCAAGGCCAUGAUCAUCCACAUGGCAUUUAUAAGCAUGGUGUCAGGAAUGUUCCAGAAGCGUAUCCGGGUGACCCGUGA